UUCCAGUAUAAUGGCAUGUGCUUACAAGGUCCCAGUGGUGUUCCCGGACGGGAUGGAAACCCGGGAGCCAACGGGAUCCCUGGGACACCUGGGAUCCCGGGCCGGGAUGGGCUGAAAGGGGAGAAGGGCGAGUGCAUGCGUGAGAGCAUCGAGGAGUCCUGGACACCCAACUUCAAGCAGUGCUCGUGGAGCGCGCUCAAUUACGGCAUCGACCUUGGCAAGAUCGCGGAGUGCACGUUCACCAAGAUGCGCUCCAACAGCGCUCUCCGCGUGCUCUUCAGCGGCUCCCUUCGGCUCAAGUGCAGGAACGCCUGCUGCCAGCGCUGGUACUUCACCUUCAACGGGGCAGAGUGUGCUGGGCCACUGCCGAUUGAAGCCAUCAUAUACCUAGAUCAAGGGAGCCCAGAGCUGAAUUCUACUAUUAACAUACACAGAACUUCUUCAGUGGAAGGUCUGUGUGAAGGGAUCAACGCUGGCUUGGUGGAUAUUGCCAUCUGGGUUGGGACGUGCUCAGAUUAUCCACGGGGAGAUGCUUCUACUGGAUGGAAUUCAGUCUCCCGAAUCAUCAUUGAAGAACUGCCAAAAUAACUUGCCUCCCUUUUUAUAAGACCUUUUUUUAAAAAAAAAAAUUUGUACUAUUUUUUUCAGAAUUUAUUUCUAUAGAGUUGGAUGCAAGUACUGGACUGAAAGGCACCAAAGCCUUGCAUCUGUAGCCUUUGUCUUGUUUUGCACAUGGCAGAGGCUUUUUAUAAUAAUCAUUUUAGAAUAUAAAUAGCAAAACCAAGUUCACUAAUGUUUUAUAUUUCUUUUUUGAUGUAAUACCACCACUGUUUUUAGAAUUAACCAUAACAUUUUGUAUCAAAUAAAUAAGACCUUUUACAAAACAAAA